UCAAGCGCCAUCCACUCAAGGAAGGAGGAAGUUUGCCUAACAGAGCUUCAGAUGUCAGCGUCUGCUCCUAGCAACUAAAUACGACGUGUAAAUAGCCAUAAUUUAUAGAAAUUAUAUUUUUUAACUUGUUUUCUCUUGAUUUUAAAAUAGGCAACUCUAACUGUGAACGAUCCAUUUUUGCUAGCUAGCCAACUGGUAAGAGGACUUUGCUUCACGGUUCGGCGUCGUUACCGUGUGCUGUACCUUUGGCACCUGCUAUGUUGAGCAGUUCGUGCUUGUUCUGUUGCGAACCACUGCGGGAAUGACCUUAUCUCGCCGGCGCUUGAGGAAUUAAUGAGUCAGUUUGCUUUCGACGAGGACAUAGUUUGGUGACCGAAACCCCGGACCUUCAAAACGCUGAACAGAACAAAUCAACGCAGGAUCGAUUGAAAGAACAAAGAGAGGCUCGCGCUGGCGCGUUCUGCUCUGGAACGUGUAUCAAGAUACCGUCGUCGAAACGGGAAGACUGAGGUUUAAGGAAGUUUCCAAAAAAUAAGUGGAUUCUUCUGUAGAAAACGGGCUUGGGUGGGAGUGUGGAGCGUCGUGAAGUACCCAGCCCAAGAAGACGAGCAAGGACAUUCUUCCCUGUGAAACACUCUGACUGGACAAUAUAAAGUUAUUCCAGAGUGCUCUAAACCGGUGUGCCGGCCAUCAGCCAGGCGAUUUUAAUCUAUCAGUGCCCACGAAAAAUUACCAAUGUCCCUGGCUAGUCAGAGUCAGCAGUGGUAUCCCACGAGUGUGCAGGUAACGGUUUUUCAGGCGAGGAACCUGCGGAUCAAAGGCAAGAAUGGGACCAACGACGCAUAUGCCAUCAUACAAGUCGCCAAGGACAAAUUCUCCACUUCGGUGGUGGAAAAAUGCGUCUCGCCCGUCUGGAAGGAGGAGGCCACCUUCGACCUGCCGCUUUUCCACCGCGGUAACGCCGAUCGUUGCACGCUGUACAUUAUCGUCAUGCACCGAGCUCUGGUAGGACUGGACAAGUUAUUGGGCCAAGCAGUAAUAAACCUGCUGGAGCUUCACGAGAACAAAUCCCGUAACAAGACCGAGUGGUUCAAGCUGGUGGACAAAAAUGGGAAGACUGAUAAGGACCGAGGAGAAGUUCUGCUGGACAUCCAGUUCAUGAGGAACAACAUCACGGCCAGCAUGUUCGAUCUGUCCAUGCAGGAGAAGCCACGUUCGCAUAUCGGGAAGCUGAAGGACAAGAUCCGCGGCAAGAAGAGUGGCUUCUCUGACUCCGCGUCUGCCAUAGUGCCCUCAGUCUCACAGGUGAUGACAGACAGCGAGGAAGAUGGUGAUGCCCAUGCAGAACCUUCCGGAGCAAAGAAGAAGUCAAAGAUAAAAUCUUUGUUCGGCCCAAAGUCCAACUUGCAGCGCAACGUCUCCCAGUCAAUGUCCACAUUGGGUACUCUUCCUGAAAAGAACUCUGCUCUCAGUGGUAGCCGUUCAUCUGGCCUCAAUGUUGACUCCCCAGAAGCCAAGAAGAAAUUCAAGUUCUUGACCCACAAACGCACAGACAGCUCUGACAGCAGGACGUCACUGGGCCCCUUCUCUCUGCUGAAUCGCUCCAAGCAGAAUGUUGUGGAGCAGUCUGGUGUCUGUAUCAAUGGCAGCCAUGUUUACGCUGAAGAGACGGAGCCCAAAACUUCCACACUCAGUUUACCCAACUCCAAUCAAGGCUCUGCAGAAGAUGUGCGCCCAGUCCUUGGCAGGAACCCGUCAGAUGUGUCUGUGGACUCCCUCAAGGGCUUAAGCCUUCCCUCGUACCGAGCAGAGUCCAGACAGAAGACCCAGCUAGAAGAAGACCGUCAACAGGCUGAGAGGGUACAAGAGGAGCGUGCUCGGUUAGAGGAACAGCAGCGGAGACGGGAAGAGCAGGACAAGAGGAAAUUGGAAGAGGAAAGAAGAAAACAACUGGAAGAGCAGCAGAAGAAGCAAGAGGAGGAGGAGAGGAGGAAGCAGGAGGAGGCCAGACGAGCUGAGGAGCGCAGGCGGCAGGAGGAUGUAAAGAAAUCUGUGGAAGCCAGCAACCGAGAAGAGCCCACGGUGACCGACAGGCUGUCAUCUCUGUUUGGCAUCGGGAGAAAGAAGGAAGAGCAUCCUGCUGCAUCCCAGGAAGAAAAACGUGGUGUCGAAGAUCCCCCAGCGCCAGGCUCAACCAAUCCCUUUGAAGAGAUCCCACUUAGUCCGGAGCCCCAAAACCCCUUUGGGGAGAGCUCUCCGCAAGCCUCGCAAAGCCUCCAGAACUCCACAGGCUUCCCAAACCGCACAGCCAAGGUGUUUCCAGUCAAGCCAAGAUUUGUUGCUGAAAGUAUUCAGGGCACGCCCCCUUUCCCAUCAGCAGACCCCUACAUCGAGUCCCAUCUUCCCUCCUCAUCCACCCUUAACUCCACCAACCCUACUCUCCCCUCUGAGUCCUCUGACAUGUUUUCCACCCUGCAUUCCUCCCUUGCUCCUCCAAAUGCCAGGAGAGGUUCGUCUGAUUCUCUCACCAGCAUUAAUGAGAUCCUAGACACUGAGUCCCACGGAACUUCCACCAGCCAAAAACGGCAAGCUCCUCUCCUCCCUGGUCAAAAGGCCUCUGCAAAACAUGAGGUUUCCCCAUCUUUGUAUAGUGACAGAUCUCAAAGCACAGAGGCAGGAAAACCUAAAGCUGCCCCAAGAAGCCUGUCUUCUAAAACGGCUGCUACAAGUGGGUAUUUAAACCCUAUUGCAGAAGUUUCUGAUUCUAAAGAAAAAGAAUCCUCCGCAUUCCAAAGUGACAAAAGGCCACCCCUCCCACUUCCAGAUUAUGAAAAGCUUUUCCCAAAGAAAAGACAUGGCAUUCAGGGACAGGUUAAGUGGGACAAGGUGAUUUCAGAGGUCAAUCUGAAGCAGAAAAAGAAUAGAACUGAUAUUGACCAAAAUGAAAUGAGUAUAGAUGGGCCUGACUUGAAUAGCGGAAGCAUACAAGUGCAGGAUGAAAAACCAGACAUUUUUAGUAGGAUGACAGAAAACCAGGACCAAGAAGAACCAUUUCCGGUGUGGAAGAGGACAUCAAUAACUAAUAAAAGGCCAGUUGUCCCUCCUAAGCCCAAACUUGUAACUCCACCAGGUUCAAUGACCGAAAAACCAAACCGAUUUGCAUCUAGAGUCUUUUUGACAGCAACACCAAAGGUCCAAAACAUGGAUGCCCCACAGGCAAAGUCCCGUAUUCUUCUGGACCGUGAGACGAAGGUGCAGAACACUGAUGAUGGUAAAGGAAAAGACAACUCGCCAAAGGACAUGCAGAAUUCCACAAUAGUGGUCAGCAAGGAUGUUGUAUCUCAAGGUGACACCAAAACACCUUUUAAAAGUUCUGAAGAUAGUUCUCCUGUCGAACCCAGACAAAGUUCUCUGAAUAAAGCUCCAAUCAGAAAUGCCUCAAAUCAAGAAACUCUUGGCUCAGUGGUGAUUCAGAAACCCCAAAAUGAGGCUAAAGACACUAAGGUACUAGAGAAGGUAUCUGGAACUAAGGAAAUCGAUGAAGUAUUCAUGACUACAAAUAAUGCUGACCUGUUUUCUGGUAGCAUAUUUCUGAAGACCCCCACUGUGACAAAGCCAGAUCUUGAAGAAAAAGCUGUUCAGUCCCCUGCUAAACAGCUGGUAGUUGAACCAGACCCAUUCCCGAAUAACUUAUUCCUUUCUAAGGAUCUGGUGGUGGACAAGAGUGCUGAAUUUCAGGGUGACACCAAAACACCUGUCAAGAGUACCAAAGAGAGUCCUAUCAAACCCAGACAAAGUUCUCUGAAUAAAGCUCCAAUCAGAACCAUCCCAGUUCAGGAAAAGCUUGGCUCAAUGGUGACCCAGAAGCCCCAAAAUGAAGCUAAGGACACUCCGAUGCUAGAGGAAGUACCUGGAACUGAAGAAGUCAAUGAAGUAUCUAUGACUACAAACAACGCUGACCUGUUUUCUGGUAGCAUAUUUCUGAAGACCCCCACUGUGACAAAGCCAGAUUUUAAAGAAAGAGCUGUCGAGAACUCACCUGUUAAAGAGCAGGUAGUAGAACUGGACUCAUCCCCAAAUGAUUUAUUCCUUUCUAAGGAUCCAGUUUUGGUCAAGGAUGCUGAAUCUCAGGGUGACACCAAAACACCUGUCAAGAGUAUCAAAGAGAGUCCUCCUGUCAAACCCAGACAAAGUUCUCUGAAUAAAGCUCCAAUCAGAACCAUCCCAGUUCAGGAAAAGCUUGGCUCAAUGGUGACCCAGAAACCCCAAAAUGAGGCUAAAGACACUAAGGUAUUAGAGAAGGUAUCUGGAACUAAGGAAAUCGAUGAAGUAUUCAUGACUUCAAAUAAUGCUGACCUGUUUUCUGGUAGCAUAUUUCUGAAGACCUCCACUGUGACAAAGCCAGAUCUUGAAGAAAAAGCUGUUCAGUCCCCUGCUAAACAGCUGGUAGUUGAACCAGAUCCAUUCCCGAAUAACUUAUUCCUUUCUAAGGAUCUGGUGAUGGACAAGAAUGCUGAAUCUCAGGAUGAUGCCAAAACCCCUGUCAAGAGUACAGAAGAGAGUCCUUCUAUCAAACCCAGACAAAGAUCUCUGAAUAAAGCUCCAAUCAGAACCAUCCCAGUUCAGGAAAAGCUUGGCUCAAUGGUGACCCAGAAACCACAAAAUGAAGCUAAGGACUCUAAAAUACUAGAGAAGGUGUCAGGUAGUGAAGAAAUCAAUGAAGAAUCCACAACUAUGACAAAAGGCACGGACUUGUUUUCUGAUAGCAUAUUUGUGAAGACUAAUGUGUCGAAGCUAGGUUGUGAAGAAAAAGCUGAAGAGUCACCUGCUAAAUGGCCAAUAGUUGAACCAGACCCAUUCCCAAAUGAUGUAUUCCUCUCUAAGGAUCCCUGGGCCUUACCACUGGAGUCAAAGAAUAAGUCUGAGCAAAGAAUGUCUGAGGAAGACUUGGAAAAAAUAUUUUCCAGCAACGAAGUUGACCCAUUUACAGGUUUUGUUCAUAAUGAAUCUGCAAAAUUUCCUGAACCUAAGAUUGAGAUGACUGGGAAAACUAAUGCUGAGCAGAGUUCUGGUGCCCAAAGCGAUUCUUUUACAAAGAAAAAGGCUCCACCAGUACCUGUAAAUGCAGCUAAUGCAGACAAAAUUACAACAGAGCAUCUGUUCAAACUCAAACCUAAGGUGACUACGUUGAGUACAGGGGAACCGAAGAUGGAAACUCAUAUCCAAAAUCUAGGCAGUCCAGCCAAGAGAGAGAGUGCCGUUUUCCAGAGCAAAAAAACACUGGUGGCCGCUAACCCCAUUCCCUCAGCUUCUUCCCCUGUGUUCUCCUCUCUGAUUUCCCCUGAGCCCCAAAUGUCUGCAACAGAAGAGGGCACUGCUCAGCAUGGUGUCACCUCUGGUGGAAAAACCCUACUGCGGGCCUGGGUAACGCCCUCCGAGUCACAGUCAGUCUCUGUCCAGAAUAGCAGCGGAGGUGGAGCAAUAGGGAAAAUGGGCGAGCCAGCCUCAAGCCUACGCAGGCCACACCCUGUAAAGCCCUUGGGCUCCGAGAGCCUGAUCUCCGCAAGCACUGUGCAAGGGCGAGACAGCAAGCCAACCGAGACCCAUGAGCCGGUUCUGAGAAAGCCAAAGGUGAUCGCCUCUGAGAGUGGCCCCUACUCUCAGCUAACCCAGGAGGAACUGAUCACUCUUGUGGUGAAGCAGCAGGCCGAGAUCAGCAAGAAGGACGCGAAGAUCCUGGAACUGGAGGAGUACAUCGACAACCUCCUCGUCCGAGUCAUCGAUGAGAAGCCCAGCAUCUUGAUGUCCAUGCCAACCUCCAAAAAGGCUUUCUAGUAGCCGUAGUGUCAAGGGUGGGGGAGAAAAAGGGCUUCCACUAAAUCCGUCACUGCUGUGCAUCAGGGUGUCUGGUCCUUCCCCUGGUGUUUGUAACAGUCCCUCGUUUCCCACUACAGGUCUGUCCCGGAGUAUGUGCACUUUAUCACAGGGAGAGAUGGUUUUGCUGACUCUAAAUGGUGUUAAAUGAAGGAGGAACUAAAAUGGCACUAAAUGCUGAUUAGAAGUAACAGGUGGUGUCUAGGAAUCACUACGGAAAUGAACGAAGCAGUGUGGCAGAGCUGCUCUGUUACAUACCUCUUCAUACCUGUGCUGCGUGUCAGCCAACACCGGAAAACGGGCGUCGAUGUACUGUGAUGUCAUUUUUGACGUAUCGACUUUGAAGGUGCCGAAGAUUCCUCCAGCAUUACCGUGACACCUUAGCAAGCUGUGAGGUUCCGAAAGGUUGUCAUGCUGCACGCUCAUGGCAUUUUUCUUUUAUUCUUUUAAAAGGACUCUGACGUAGUAUCUUCUCACUUCAUAUGCUGUAAUGAAAUCAUUAAGCUGCUAUGCGAUCUUAAAUCACUUUAAACGUACGAGGUCUCUUAAAUCACUUUAAAUACAGAUUAGCGGUGUAAAUGAGUUAUUGAUUUUGGGUGCUGUUCUGAUUCUGAAGAUUAUCCCAUUCGUCUACCUUGAGCCUGCGUAGUGCGAGAACUGAGAACUUAAGUAGAUUAAUUUUGCUACACAUAGUAACACAUGGCGGUGUCAUACCACACAGUUUUAUGUUCGUCUGUCAUGGGCAGUCAUUAGCCUUGGGGCUUCUUAGAUUCAUUGUAUUCCGCACUGUAUUUAUCAAGCAGUUUAGGAUGAAUGUAUUUAACGCUUGUGUCCCUAGCCUGAGUGCUUUGUAGAGAUUCCCCUUGUGGUCAUGCAAGGUAUGACAGCUGAAUUUACCCAUGGGUCUCACGAAAUCAUGCUUGUUGAUGUCUCCCUGUUGCCACCGAUGCAUUGCCUGGCGGGAUGGUGAGUAGGAUGUCUGUCAUUACCCCACCCGCCCUGUGCUUUGAAUAAUUAAAAGCAACACUAAGAGAAUGAAGGAUGUUGACCAGUAACCUGAAAGUCUCAGAUUUUCUUGUGACUUGUCAUUUUGGUGGAGCAGCUUUGAGAAGGAUCAGGCUGUUAGUAAAACUUUAAUUUAUUGAAGGUCAGUUAUCUACGAGUCUCUUCUUUGUACUCUUCUAAAUAAUGAAAAUUCUAACUUUAAAUGGCGUGGCAGAGUUUGUUGUACAGUUUAUAAGGUUGGGAAUAGCUGUAGGGCGAAACUGAGUUAGAAGGCGGUACGUCUCAUGCAUAUACACACUGCUGUCCUCUUAAUCAGCAAUACACACCUCACGAUGUCCCCAAACACUUCCUGAUUCCCUUGAAUCAGGUAGUGCUUCAACAGUCGGCCCACACUGACUUGAAUUUUCAAUGAAUUCAAUUAUCACAAAGACUGGGGUGAGCAUUUUUAUAUUGAAUAAAUUUUUGAUCUUAUCUGCUGCUAUAUGUUUUCAGGGUUUAAAUCUCAUUCUGCAUUUGUUUGUUUUAAAGUUUGUCGGUCCACCGUGGUGUGCCUUAUAUGGAAGCUUGUCAUAGCAAUGAGGACAUCAAAACUUUUUUUUUUUUUCUUUUCUUAGACACCCGUGCCUUGGUAUUGGCUACUUUUCCCCUUUUUCUCAUUGGCUGUUUGGGUUUUCUUUAAGGAGACCAGUUCCUUCUAUGUCUGGAGGCUUAUGAGACAAAUUCACAGAAUUUUUCUGGGCGUUUGUGUUGCAUUGAAGCAAUUUUCCUUCCUAUGUUAAUGAUUUUACUUUUAAUGAUUUGUAGGUAUUCCAAAAAGUGUUUUUUUUCUGCACUGCUGGAAUUGCAGUUGUGCUUUGCUGUCUUAAUUUACAGCAGUAAAUAUUUGUAAACAUAUUAAAACUGGCUCUUCCAUAUAAAACAAAUAAAACUAUAUUGCAAAAGGUC